AUGCAUCAGCUCUGCAGCAUCUUCUACUUGACUGUCGUGUUCAGUGUCUUGGGUGCAUAUAAGAAUGAUCCUAUUCUGAAUUGCCUUCAAGACGAUGACUACGAUGAACUUCUUAAGAUAGUCGACCAAGGUCUUCCUCCUUCUAAGACGCCUCUCAGGUUGGCUAUUAUUGGUGGGGGCAUUGCUGGUCUUACUGCAGCUAAAAUGCUGGAAAACGCUGGACAUAAGGUUACAAUCAUCGAAGCAAGUGAACGAAUCGGAGGAAGAAUCAUGACACACAGGAAUAAAUCGGAAGGUUGGUACGCAGAACUCGGUGCCAUGAGGAUCCCAAGCUUUCACAAGAUUCUUAGAAAAUUUUUGUCUCAGCUCAACCUUCCACUGAACAAUUUUAUUGAAGAAGACAUCAACACUUACUAUUAUAUCAACGGUCUGCUGCAAAAAACCUACAAAGUGAUUAACAAUCCUGAUGUGCUAAACUACCCUGUAACCAAGGAGGAGAAGGGAAGAUCAGCCAGUCAACUAUAUUACAUAGCUUUGGACAAGAUAAGAAAUUAUGUGAUUGAACACGGCUGCAAAGAAAUGAUGAAAAAGUAUGAUUCAUAUUCGGUUAAGGAAUAUUUGGUGAAAGAGGCGAAUCUGAGUCGAGGAGCCUUGCGCAUGAUUGGAGACAUCCUGAAUGAAAACAGCUUUUUUUACACCGCUCUCACCGAGAGUCUUUACAUGCAGUCUGAUAUCAACGAUGAUACAUCAUAUUCUGAAAUUGAAGGUGGCUUUGAUAAGUUACCCCAGGCGUUUUAUCAGCAUCUCAAUGCAACAAUCCUCCUCAAGUCAAAGGUCCUCAGGAUAAGUCAAACCGACAGCAAUGUGACCGUGAUAUAUCACGACUGGCGCAACCCAUCCACUCUCACCAAGCAAACAUUUGACUAUGCUCUGGUGACUGCCACAGCCAAAGCCACCCUCUUUAUAGAGUUCGACCCUCCACUGUCACCAGAGAAGAUGGAGGCUCUGCGUGCUGUGCACUAUGCCAGCUCCACCAAGGUUGUGCUGAGCUUUAGUCAAAGGUUCUGGGAGAGCGAAAGCAUUAGAGGUGGAAGAAGCAUCACAGAUCUUCCCUCACGCUUCAUUUACUACCCCAGCCACAACUUCACCGGGAAGGGAGGGGCACUUUUGGCCUCCUACACAUUCUCAGAUGAAGCCGCACUAUUGCAGGCAAUGUCAGAUGAAGAUCUAAUAGAAAAGAUGCUAAACGACUUGGUCAUUAUCCAUGGUGAGAGGAUCCGGCAGCUGUGCACUGGAGGGGUAGUUAAGAAAUGGGGACUGGAUCCUUACAGCCUUGGUGCGUUUGCUUUCUACACCCCGUACCAGCAGACUGACUACACCUCUGCUCUGUUCCAAAAUGAGAGUAGGAUUUACUUUGCAGGGGAGCAUACAGCAACACCUCAUGGCUGGAUUGACACUGCCAUGAAGUCCUCCAUCCGAGCAGCUAAGAGGAUAAACAGUCUUUGAAAAUAAAGAUACACCAGCUGGGAAUGUUUGCUAAUUUGGUGCUUAAAUUGUUAAACAUGUAGCAAUGAUUUAGAUUUUAUCCACUUGAAUCAAGUCUGAUUAUAAACUUGUGUAAAAUUAAAUCAUUUUCUAAUGCACUGUACAAUCACA